GUCACAGCCUUCCCAUUCGUUCAUCAAGUGAUUCCUAGUCUCCAAAGACCAAGGGGACGGUGACUUGCUUCCUAAGUGGUUAUCUUAUUGGGGAUUCCCGUGCAGUUGACUGUGUUCCAUGGAAAUGAAUGCCACCUCCGGAGGUGCAGAAGGCCAGCGUAAGAUUUACCACCAGAAGCCGGAAAACAAGGAUGAAGAGAGAGCACAGCACUCUGAAGACGAGCAGGAAAAGUGCAAGGAAAAGAUGGGGAAGAAAACUUUGGCAGAUGUAAUUCAAGAAAUGAAAACUUUCCUGUGGAAUUCAGAGAAGAAAGAAUGUAUGGGAAGAACAGCUCAGAGCUGGGGCUUGAUCUUAUUCUUUUACCUCAUUUUGUACACGUUUCUGGCUGGGAUGUUCUCCUUUUGUAUGUACGGGUUGCUGCUUGCUCUGAGCCCCUACACGCCUACGUACAGGGACAGAGUCUCGCCGCCAGGAGUAAUGAUUAGACCAUACUUACAUGGAUUUAACAUUGCCUUCAAUGUCUCCGAACCCAGCACAUGGAUGCCUUAUGUGAACAGCAUGCAUGACUUCCUACAAGCUUAUGAUGACAACAUUCAAGAGGAAAAGAACAUUGAGUGCCCAGCAGGCCAGUACUUUGUUCAAGACGGAGCGGAAAGCGAGGAGAAGAAAGCCUGCCAGUUCAAGCGAUCGCAACUGCAGAACUGUUCUGGGAUUGAGGAUCCCACGUUUGGCUACUCUAAAGGCCAGCCAUGCAUCUUGCUGAAGAUGAACCGGAUCAUAGGCUAUCGACCUGGCUAUGGGACACCGGUGAGCGUGAACUGCGCCAUUCAGAAAGGCGAUGAAAGUGCUCUUAAAUCAGUGGACUUCUAUCCAGGCAACGGAACAUUUGAUCUCAUGUACUAUCCCUACUAUGGCAAGCUCACUCACGUCAACUACACCUCCCCACUGGUGGCUCUGCACUUCACAGAUGUGAAGAAGAAUGAUUUUGUCCCCAUUCAGUGCAGACUGAAUGGGGAAGGAAUUGUGAAUGAUGUGACUAACGAUCGUUUCCUGGGCCGAAUCACCUUUACACUCCGCAUCAGAAUGUAGCCCACGCAAACAUUCCCCAGGCACUUCAUUUAACUCUUUUUAUGGCAAUCAGGCGCUUUUUCCACUCCUCGUUUUAAACAUAACGUCAGAAUAUAGCACCUCUUCUGUUAGGGAAACACAAAUUGUUUCCGAUGUAACUGAGACAUUUCUUUAUUGGAUUUUUUUUUAUAUAUAUAGCUGGAGACAACCGCCAUGUAAUAUAGACCAAGGAGCUACAUUUUUAAAAUGUAAAGGCCUAACAAAUCUUAUUGGCAGUAUAGAUCCAGUCUUGUAACUACAGGUAGAGGGCCCUGGUAAAACAUUUCAAUAUUGACUUUAAAUACUUACAGGACAUUUUAAUACUAUUUUCAUAGGGUCACUUCAGGAAUGUUCCUUUUGACCUUAUAGUUCACUUAUCAUAUUUUAAAGUACAUUUCCCAGGUAAAAACUACAUUAAACAGUAGUGUAGGGCACUCCCACGAUCUUUGGGGUUACAUGUGUAAAACCAAUAAAAAUCAAGGAAAAUGGCCCAUCUCAAAAUCCCUUGAGCCCAGGAGCCCUGGCACUGCGGGGGCCACUGUGCCUGGGGACAUCAGCCCAACUCAGCACAGCAGCAUUCGCACUGGUAGCUUCAACCAUGUCUUGAUACGUGUAAGAUACUGGCUGCAAUUGGAAAGAGGACGCCAUAAUACGGAAGAAUUGUCAUUUAUGAAUCUUUAGGACGGUUCCCUCCACCACUGAGCUGGGAGGAUAAACACCCCCCGUCCCUUAAUGCACUCCUUCCCCUCUCUCCGCACGCCCUUUGAGUCCACCAGACUGAAAGGAGCUUUUCUCUCCUACCCCCCCAGCAUGUCACACUGGCAGGAAGAGACAAGGGUCUCCCUCCAGCCAGCCCAGAGCUGGGAAUUGAAGCUGAUUCUCUGUAUGGCCAUGCAGAGUGCAGCUCACUGCCCCCAAACUUUUCAAAUCCUUCACCCCUCAGUGUCCAAAAGAUCACAGUGAUAAUGUCCUUAAAAGCCAGAGAGUUGUGGGAGAACAUGUAGCCAAUUAUCUUUAUCGGUGAAAUUAACAGUGCGAUCUCAUUCUUAAUGUACUGUGUGAGAUUUUUGUCCUUUCUGGUGACUGGCCAAUUGGUUAACCAGGCACUAUCACUUCAGCAUUCAGAACUCUCACAAUAGUUUUGUUUCACCCACAGCUGUUUAGAUCAACCUCACGGAACUUGAAAUUGAAAUGUUUCUUUCGCUGGGCUUGCCCCCACUGAUUUACCAUUGCAAGAGAACUAGGCUGUGCAGCUUGUUUAGGCGGGAUUGCUUGGGAGUACAAGACUGUCAGUGUUGCUUCGUUACUUGAGGAUUGAUCAAGAGUGUCUUAAAAGAACCUUUGUGACAUUACACCCCGCACAGAGGAUUGUAUCACUUACCCCAGAUGUCCUCACAGGAAGAUUUCAUGUGGAUUUGAAACCUUCACUGCAGUUGAAGAGGGCUGAAUGAGCUCUUCCUGGGAUGCACGAGUGCUGCUCCUGGAGACGAGCUGGGAAUCAUUUUGCAAGCCAGCACAACUGUUCCUACAGGCUACAUGGAAGUCAUUGGGUUCCUAGAUUGGCCAGAAGAGUUGCUGCAACAUGGGGUACUUCCUCUGCUCCAUCUCCUGCACAGAAGCCUAAGGACUGGGUGUGGGACUGGGCUUCUUACUUGGCUACUACCAGGUUGUGUAUGCUCUAUGCAUUUGAGGAAAUAUUUCUUGGUUCAUUACCAUCUCCUUCUCACACCAGCAAUUGGAGCUUGAUUAUUGCCAGUGUCUGGUGCUGUGACAAUUUACCCAUCUGUCCUUUUUCAACCCUUAGUCUUAAUAUGAAGACUCUAUGGCCAUCCACAUGUCAGUGCGGUUGGAGAACCCACCCUGGGAACAGGGCACAGCCUUCACUACGGCCACCUGUACAGUGCAGGCCACCCUUGUUACAGCCAUACAACAUACUGUGGAGAGUGAGUUUGCACUGUCUCCAUUUCACUGGCCCACUUAGAAGUGAUUUUUAAAAAAACAUUAGUACAAUCUAUGGUAUGUGUGGUGAACGGGAUCACUCAGCCCAUUUCCUUAGGUCCAGAUUUUACAGGCUUGAGAGAGUACCUGGAGCAGGCUCGUUCACUCCGGUUACUGAGUUUUGAGCUUUAGAACUGGGCCCUCACCACUAUUUUUUUUUUUUUUUUUUUUAAACACAAUAAGUCUCUUGUGGGAGGGGAGUGGGAUUUAAUCACAAUGGGACAAAAUCACCCCAGGUGUAAUUUCAUUAGUUUUCCAGGAGGAAGACAGACCAUUGUGUGAUAGUAACUUUGACCAAAGUUUUCAAACCUGGGCGUUUAAACAUUUAAAUCCACAUUCGGACAUCUAAAUAUGAGUGUCCACAACUCCCAAGACAUCAACUGGAUUUAUGGAUGCUUAACACCUCUGAAAAUCAAGGAACUUAGGUGCCUAAAUAUUUAUUCAUAUAGAUAUCUAGCUUUAGUACUUACAGGUGAAAAAUGGUGGCCUCUCUGCCAUCUUCUAAAUAUGCAGAAUUACUUCAAAUCAAUCACUUACAUUUAGUGAGGCUUCUGUCAAUAACACCCAGAAAUUUAGGGUAGUUCACAGGUCAGAACAAGACUUUUCAAGGCAAGGGUAUUAGAAACUUCCCCCAGUAUCUGAAGAUCAAGCUGUGUUCGCUGUACAUCCCAGGCUUUCAUGAGUAAUAAAGAUACAGCAAUCAGAAUUUUAUUGGCAA